GGAAAUACUGAUAUUCCAAUUGCAUUCAUAUUUGAUUUCGAGCUUGGUGAUUCCCAUAAGAACAGGCGGACGGAUAGUAUUAUACAAAAUUUCAAUAUUUAAUAGAAAUUGCCAAUAAAGAAUAACUCUACAACGGUAACAAUGGGAUUAUUACUUCGUCUAUGGGCAUGUUUUUUUGUAUGCUUUGUUAUACAUACCGCCACUGCAGUAGACACAACAAAAAGUGCAACAACAUCUUCCAAACAAGAUCCGAUUGUCCCCUCGAAGAUUAUAUCAGUGCAUAUAAACUACUGCAAUCAAAGCUACGGUCGAAUUUAUGAAAAAUAUGCUGCUGAGUUGCAACAAAAGUAUCCCCAUGUUAUGGUAUCAGGAAAUAACCAAUACCCCAGUGUUAAAGAUCAGAUAAAUCUUUUGUUCACAUUCAUUACUUACAUUGCGCUGGUUUAUGUGCUCUUUCGAUGGAUUGUUCGCAGUUGGUUCAAAAGGGUGGUGCUAUUUAUGGGAACAUUGUAUGUUAGCCCUUAUGUAUUACUGGAUUUAUGUAGAAAAUGCCUUAGAUCAGGUGCAUUCGAAGUUUUUGUGGACGGCGUAGAAAAAUGGUCUACCUUACAAAAAGGUAGAAUACCUAAGAUUGAGGAAAUUUUUCAAAUUAUUAAUCCAGAAGCAGAACGUGUUGGUGAACCUGAUAAUAGUGAACUUAUAUUUUUAUUAAUCAUUUGUGGGAUUGUAUUUAUGAUAUUAAACAGAUAAGAUAAAAAACCACGUCGUGUUGUAAGAAAUUACUCAAAGUGGUAAACAUGGUCCGGCAUGGUCCAUCAAAAAAAUUUCAAAGUAACACCUUUAACAAUCUUAUAUUCUUAUAAUUACAGCAUAUAAGAUAUCAAUAAAAUUUAACACUGUUCAUAACAGUUUAAUACAUCCAUAAA